UUACAACUAACAAAGUUUGCAGAGCAGUUCACUGCCGGAAAAUUCACCGAGGCUGCUGUGUGAAGUUCCCGAUGGCUGACGAAGCAACAGCCAAAGGCGGUGCAGCUCUCUAUGCCGGAAAAUUCACCGAGGCCAUCCCAAAAGACCAUAUUAUUUAUGCAUAUCGUUCAGCCACUUACCUUUCUCUAAAAAGAUAUUCAGAAGCCUUAUUAUAUGCCAAGAAAACCGUCGAUCUGAACCCCGCUUGGUCUAAGGGGUACAUGCUGCUCGGUGCGGCUUACCACGGCCUGAAACAGUACGAUGAUCGAUCUUUAUACUUUCGCCAUCAAUCUUGACCCAACAAACCAUGUUCUUUAUUAUAAUCGUUCAACCGUUUACGUUGCUCUAAAAAAAUACUCAGAAGCCUUAUCGGAUGCCAAGAAAGCCAUCCUUCUGAAACCCGAUAGGUGGUAUGGGCACGCGCAGCUCGGCACGGCUCACUACGGCCUGAAACAGUACGAUGAAGCCAUCGAGCACUACACUGUCGCCAUACUUCUUGACCCAAAUAACCAUUUUCUUUAUUUGCAGCUCGGCGUGACUCACGACCUCCUGGAACGGUACGAUGAUGCUAUCAAUGACUUCAAUAUCGCCAUCGAGCUUGACCCAACAGACUAUCUUCUUUAUCUUCUGCUCGGCGAGGUUCACCACCGCGUGAAACGGUACGAUAAAGCCGUUUUGGCGUGCAAAAAAGGUUUGGAACUUGACCCAACUAAUGAAUCAUUGAUAUCUCUGCUUAAAGAUGCCGAAAGAGCAAAACUUGGGUCGGCUAAUCCAGAAGUGGAAAUCAAAGCCAAGGCGAACAAGGAGAAUGAAAGGGGCAAUGCCGCUGCUCUUAAGAAGAAGAAGAAGGAUAUCGAGACUACAAUUGAGUUUUACAAAAAUGAGCUUGAUUCUAACUCUUGGGUUCUUGCAAGGGUUUUGACAAGAAAGGGAAAUGCUUUGCUUAAGAUGGCUAAAACAUCAAAAGACUACGAGCUUGCAAUCGAGACUUUCCAAAAAGCUCUUACUUUGGAUUGCAACCCAGAUACCCUGUAUAAGCUUAAUAGUGCAAAGCGAGCAAAGAAGCAGCUUGCUGACAAGGAACAUUGCGGACAAGUUUACAUCAGAAAAAACAAGAGGCAAAAAUGUCAAGUUUGAGGGUGCUAUGUGUCAGUUUCUUUUUAAUAGUUAUAUGGUAAUUAUUACUGGGUAGUCAACAAAAGUCACCUCUUGUUAUGUUAAAUCUAUAUCUAUCUCUCUCUCUCUCUAUAUAUAUAUAAUAAAAAGUUGAAUCAUGGUGUUGAAAAAAUUAGCGCAUCA